CUCACAACUCUUAAACUCCUAUAAAUUCUCCUCACACAUUCCCCCCUUUUUUUCCUCUCUCUAUUAUAAACUUUUACUUUAAUAAUCUAAAACAUCACCCGAAAAUUAAGCUUCAUCUCAUUUUCAAUUUCACCACCAAUUUUCUCUCUCCUCAUUUUCCGGCGAUGGACGUUCGGCGCCGACAACAACCACUAUCAUCUUCGCCGGCGCCGAUGAAAAAAUCUUACCGUAAAACCAUCGCCGGCGAAGAAUCUCCUAAAGCUUCCGACGCUUUACCUCUCCCACUUUAUCUCACAAAUGGUGUUUUUCUAACCCUAUUUUUCUCUGUUGUUUACUUUCUCCUACAACGUUGGAGAGAGAAGAUCCGAAAUUCCACGCCUCUUCAUGUUGUUUCUCUUUCCGAAAUUGCUGCAAUCGUCGCUUUUUUAGCUUCGUUUAUCUAUCUUUUAGGGUUUUUCGGCAUUGAUUUUGUUCAAUCGUUCAUUUCUCCUCGUUCAUCCUCUUGUUACGACGACGAAGAAGAGGAAGUUAACGACGCCGUUUCAGUCGACGAUAAGCAGAUUCUCAAGGAGGAUAAACGACCUCCUUGUGGAAUUCCGAUUCCAUUACCUGAGAAAAAAAUGGAAGUUCAUCAAUUACCUAAAACCCUAGAUCUUACACCUGAAGAUGAACAAAUUGUUGAAUCUGUUGUUAAUGGAACGAUUCCUUCCUAUUCAUUGGAAUCGAAGCUUGGUGAUUGUUUUCAAGCGGCGAAAAUACGACGAGAAGCUCUACAGAGGAUUACUGGAAGAUCAAUUUCAGGUUUACCGUUGAGUGGAUUUGAUUAUGAGUCAAUUUUAGGACAAUGCUGUGAAAUGCCGGUUGGAUUUGUUCAGAUUCCGGUUGGAAUUGCUGGGCCAUUGUUGUUAGAUGGAAGAGAGUAUUCGGUUCCGAUGGCGACGACGGAAGGAUGCUUGGUUGCUAGUACUAAUCGUGGUUGUAAGGCGAUUAUGUUGUCUGGUGGUGCAACUAGUGUGAUCUUGAAGGAUGGGAUGACUAGAGCUCCUGUUGUUAGGUUUGGAUCAGCUAGAAGAGCUGCUGAGCUUAAGUUUUUCCUUGAAGAUCCUGCUAAUUAUGAGACCCUUUCUCUCGUUUUCAACAAGUCUAGUAGAUUUGCAAGACUUCAGGAGGUAAAGUGUGCUAUUGCUGGGAAGAACUUGUAUGUCAGGUUUACUUGCAGCACUGGUGAUGCCAUGGGGAUGAACAUGGUUUCGAAAGGUGUUCAGAACGUAUUGGAGUACCUCCGCAGUGAUUUCCCGGACAUGGAUGUUAUUGGCAUCUCUGGAAACUACUGUUCAGACAAGAAGCCGGCUGCUGUGAACUGGAUAGAAGGAAGGGGAAAGUCCGUUGUUUGCGAGGCUGUCAUUAGGGAAGACGUGGUGAAGAAGGUCCUUAAGACGGACGUGGCUUCUCUUGUGGAGCUUAACAUGCUUAAGAAUCUUACUGGAUCUGCUGUAGCGGGAUCACUUGGUGGCUUUAAUGCUCAUGCUGCCAAUAUCGUGUCUGCUGUCUACAUCGCCACUGGGCAAGACCCAGCUCAAAAUGUAGAGAGUUCUCAAUGUAUCACUAUGAUGGAAGCCAUAAAUGAUGGCAAGGAUCUACAUAUCUCUGUUAGCAUGCCUUCUAUUGAGGUUGGAACAGUAGGAGGUGGUACUCAGCUAGCAUCUCAAUCAGCUUGCCUUAACUUGCUGGGAGUCAAGGGUGCUAACAGGGAGGCUGCUGGAGGAAACGCUAGACUUUUGGCCACUGUUGUUGCUGGUUCUGUCCUUGCCGGGGAGCUCUCUUUGAUGUCUGCAAUUGCUGCCGGGCAACUUGUAAAAAGCCACCUGAAAUACAAUCGAUCAAGCAGAGAUAUAACUAAAGCUACUUAAUACGAUCAAAACCUCCUACCUCCUGAUGUAGUUCGAGAACAGGGAGAAAGACCAAAUUGCGAGGUCUGAAGGGGGGAGAGAAAAGAGAGUGAAACACAGAGUGAUAAGCUAGCAGCCUUUGUAAUAGAAUUCAGAUGUUUUUUUACUCUUCUCUCUUUUCUAUAUUCUUGCAGGUUUGUGUAAAAUGGGGAGAAGGGGUGUAAGCUUGUGUUGGGUUUAUCUUAUUUCCUAACAGAUUACUGCAUAGUUCAUCUUCUGUGUUCAACUUUCAGUUUGCAUGUGUUCCAGAAAUAAGAGGAAGUGUCUAUAAUUUAUUAC